AUGAAGAGUAAUGUUGAAUCGAGGGUAAAUGCAUUCAAACAAAAUCUUGAUAAGUUUGCUGCUCGAUGGCAUCAGUUAAAACCUAAAGAUAUUGAUAUGGAAGGCGAUAACGAAGCUUGCGUUAACGCUGUCAAAUCUAUCAAGGAACGGAGAGCUGAAUUUAAUGAACUGGAAGAAAGCAAAGAGAAAUUAAUGUACGUCAGUUAUCUGCCUCGUACCCAGGCGCUUUAAAUAAUUACAAUACAUGAAGUAUUCAGGUAGGCAGGCGACGCGCGAAGGGGCUGUUGGGAAGGGUGUGUGCUGGGGAGCGCCUGGCAGUUCUUGUAUACUGUCAUGGCGGACAAACAUGGAAUUUAAUACAAAACGUUACCAUAUCGUCAUAUACUCUGUGUGUAAAACCUUAUUUUCUGACGAAGAGUCGAAUUGAACGCCAUUGGCAAAUAAUAAUACAUUUGUACAAGUUUGAUGACAUACAAAAUGCGCGAAAUAUGAGUAAAUUACAUGGCAAGUUAACCGUGCGAAUAUUUGGAAUAUGUCAUUCGGUAUUACAUGGAGAAUAAUAGAAUGCUAUCAGUAUAAAACAGUACAGUAACAGAGAAAUGAUUAGAAACUCAUAUAAUUGCUUUUGUAUUAAUAACUUCCUUAGCUGAAGGCUCGAUCAGUCGAUCAUAAUGCCAAUGGCAAUUGCCAAUUUCUAUUAAAUGUAUACUGUCAACAAAAGCCGAAGUAAAUAAAAGUUCACAGCCGUAAAGUUUGAAAUAUUUAUUACAACAGUGCAAUUUUAUAGUUUGUACCUUUAUAUAGUUAUAGCUUACAAAUAUAGUUCCUGCAAGUCUAGUUCUUCAACGCUUCGGUUGUUGACAUGUUAAUAUUGGAAUUUCCAUGGACUGUAAAUAAGGCAUAUGUCAUAUAUACCACGAAUAACAGCAUGAAUUCACGCCCAGAUGGCAGAAGAAUAUUAACAUUAGUCAAUUCAACAAAAACAAGUAGCAAAAAAUCGUAAACGAGAACAAAAUAUCACAACUUGCAACAAAUCGUACAAAGUUGCAAGAAAUCGACCAAGAACUGCCAGGCGUCUCGCAUUUCAAGUGCACUCUUCCCACCAGCCCCUUCGCCAUCUCUCCCCACUACAAUACUUCAUGUAAACUCAUCAUAUGCGCAUCACUGGUUUUUUACAGAGACGCCUGGGUACGAGGCAGCGUCAGUUAUGCACAUUGCAUCUUUUGCAAAAUUCAUGUCGCCAGUUUUAUUUUGUUUGCGUGUAUGUCUGUUUGUAUACUUGUUUGUGUCCAUUAGUAGAUAGUCGGGGAAUUGACAAUUCCUAUUAUAGACUAAUUUUAAAACUAGGCAAAGAGAUGCAAAUAAAUCACCACAGCUAGACCAAAUGUGGUAGCAAUUUCCGCACGCAAUACAAAAGUAUACAAAAUUUGCGAACUUUGCAAGGGUACAUUUUCCGCAUUUUACAACAUUUCGCAACCAAACUUUGCAAUUUUACUAAUUUUAGUAUGCUCUUUCCGGGAACAUACGUUUUUUUGCCAAGUUAAAAAUUAGUCUAUAAUGGGAAUUGUGUAUUAGUGAUGGUAUGAAUUUGUAGGUUCCGAACAUAUUCUUACGAAUUUAUUGAAGAGGAUUUUAAUUCGCUAUUAAGGGGAGCUUCACCUCCAGAUUUGGUCGAAUGGAGAGCAAAACUCAAAAUUUGGAAAACAUCACUUUUAGUCGUUGAAAUUUUAACUGUCCUACUAUGUGAACUACCCCACUAACAUUUCUUAUUACUGCUGUGAUGAGAACCCCCCCCCCAAUCUGUCGAGUGAUUGAGUUUAAAAUGGUUUCAUUUCAAAAGACUUCUUUAAUCCAGACAAAUGUAAUUCAUAACACUGCAAUCGUGGAUUACAAACUGAAAAAUCUACCAGAAUAAAAAACACACAUUCCAUAAUCCCGACAUGUCGUAUGAAGCGGAGACGCACUACAGGCGUAGUUUCUCGUGAAAUAGAAUGGUUUCUCGUGAAAUUUGGAUAAAACAAGCACUCUGCACUCGUGAGGUCACUCAAAUAGACCUCAAAUUUGAUGCUUUUUGAAAAACUCACUCGUGCAUUUUGAAAAACUCACUCGUGCACCCGAUCUAGGACGACCUCUUAAAAGCCUGAAUUCAUAUCAAACUUUCGCAAUACUAUCACGAACAUUUGAGUCAACUUGUGUCCAGUGCCCCGCGCACAGUGAAUGACGCGCAACAUGACACUUAAUAUAUGUAAACAAGAUGGCGCAAAGACCUAAGCGAGCUUUGUCUCAGCCCUGGUGUCAGCCGAUACUUUUUCCCGAAGAGUACAGUGAUUACACUCCGAGGCCUUCGACCAAAUUCUCCAAAAAGUCCGCAAAGGAUAAUAAUCUUAAUUAACAAAUCCAGCUUAUCAGUUUCAAGUUCAUUAUAGUAUAUAGUUACACUAUAUGACGAGUUUUUCCAUGUAUUUAAAAGCCGUUUGACUGGGUUUCCACCUUUGGCACGUUUGAAAGCAGCGUGAAGAGAAAUGAUAGUUUGACCUGAAUGCUUGAACUAAGCGUCUGCUAAGCGUGACACUCCGUAUGCCACUAUGCAGAAGCAUGUUUAAUAUUGACAAUACAUGGCUAACCAAGAUGAAGAGGCAUACGAAACGCAAAAUUUGGCCUUCCUGAAUAUUGUCGCUUGUAUUCUGUUGACAAUUUGUAAAUCAAGAAACCGCACGGUAUAAAUCAGAAAGAUACAAAAUAGUAAACAGAAUUUCCCAAAACCUCAAUUAAUAAAGACUACUGUACAACUCACUUGCUUAUUUGGUGCACAAACGAAGGCAGAGACUGACUCUGAAUCAGAGAUUCCCCUUCUAUAUCAUCGGCUGCAGCAACAACCACUUGAAUACAUAAUGAGCAGCCAAACAAUAUUUAAACCCACAUCUUUGCGCACAUUUUGCCCUUCCAAAAUCUUCGAAAAUAUGCAUAAAUUUACUAUCAAAAUACGCGGAAUUUUACGAAGAUUCAUAAUAUGGCGCUACCUUAGAGCAUAGACCUGCGCAGUACGUUCUAGAGCCAGUUUUCUUCGAUAGACCGCGCGCGCGGCUCGUUUCUCUAUAUAGAUUUUGACAAUUCGCGCAUAUUUGAGCGAAAAGUGCCCUACGAAAUAAGAAUUAUUUUUAAACGAAAGUUCAUUCAAAAUGUGUCCCAGAACAUAAACUUUCCAUUACUGGAGCUACCUAAUCACGAAUGUAAGAGUACAAGAAGCGCAGGCGAAAAAACAUCAAAUUUUGCGGCAAAUUUGUAUUGCAAAAGUUGGAAAUAUGACACGCGAAAUAUGAGUAGACUUUUUAUUAACACUAAGUUUGAUAUGUGCGGCAUCUUUGCAAAUAUUUUGAUAAAAAUAUAGCAAAGAUUUACACAACAAUUACUGAUAUCUCACUAUAUAUGUAAUUGAGUCAAUGGCGUCACAUGGUUACAAACAAAAUGAAAUAUCCAAAACUAAGAAAACAAAAAUCUUCCAAACAAGUUACUAUACAGUUUUAAGAGCAUUUUCGUUGAAGAAAAUAAACAUUUUGACGCGAGUGCCACUUUAAGUAAGGGGUAAAACCGAACAAGCGGAAGAAGCUUCGAAGCACAGGAGUUUUCAAGCACGGGAAAUUGCUAAAUUUAGGUGAAUCACCUUGUCUCCAACCAACAGUAAGCAAGCAUAAUUCAAAAGUAAAGGCAGGUCAAGAUAUGACAGUUAAUCUGGUAUACUGUAGUGUGUCUUUAAAACGAGGUGCUAUUCAACUCACAGUAGGCAAUUAGCCUUUUUCACGGGGUACUAUCUCUCCUGCGUUUGAGAUUCUCCGCACCACGAAAUCAGGCCUUAAAGUAUCGGUCGGUCACGGUCAUUGUCCGACCCAUUCGUGAAAUUGUCCGACGUAGAGAGGAAACCACCGGACAUUCUGUCCGACCUAUAAGUGAAACUGAGGUUUAUUGUUUGCCCGACCUGAGUGUAUUGGUGUCCGACCGAACUGUAGCUUUUGUCCGACAUGUAAAUCAAAAUGUACCCUAGCCCAGGACUAGAGGCUUGUAUGUUAAAUGGGAAAUCAGAGUACUAUUGUAUAAAAGGUGAACUGGAAAUGUUGUUUUAACGUAGUCCAGCGCGGGGCGGCGAGCGAAGUGGUGAAGUGGAAAACGGGCUUAAGUUGUCGAAGUCCUUUUUAAUACUGCUGUUCUGGCAAGCAAGUUAAUUUUGGCUUGGAAAUAAGUAUGAAAGAAACAAAUUAUUUAAUAUCUUUACAACAUUUACCGUUUAUUCAUUUGUGUCAUUCAGACUUAUUUCCGAGCCAAAACUGAACUGAAGGUCAUCGGACAUAUGUCCGACCCAAACCCUACAUCGGACAUAUGUCCGACCGCAACACUGUAAAAUAUAUUUUAAGGCCUGGAAAUACGACUUUUUGGUAUUGUAUAUAGUUCUUUGUAUAAUUGUAAAUUUACAGUUACAACUUAAAAAGACGCUUUUCACGUUGUUUGAAUUGUCUAACCCAACCCUAGUUUUAACACCAUCUGACUGUUUUAUCUUUUAACCUACUUUUAAUUAUACCUCAAACUAUUAUGUGUUCCUUACACGAAGUAGUGACUUGACAAACCACAAAAAACCUGCAAAUUUGUUCCAUGGGAUAUAACUUCAUGUCACGCUGUUUUGUGUGAAUGAGGGUAAGGAUUAUGGUCAGCAUUCAUUAACAGCGACACAUGAAUCUAUAACACAUUUUGAAUUUAUAAAUCUUUUUGUAUCGUGCUAUAGCACAAAUAACCCAUAGACUUCUUAACUGCUUCCCAUGCAGCCUAUAGGAAUUCCCAAGUGUUUCUCUUCAAGGAGUGAUGUUACGGCAAUGUAGAGGAAAAGUUAUGCUUCGCAUAAAUGGCGUAUUAAUUGGCAGACUACAUGUCGGCCAUCCCUAAACAACUUCUAUUUUUUGUAUUCAGGCCAGAAUUCUCAACUACCAUCACGAUUGGCAUAUUGUUGUGUUCGUUUGCCAUAAACAUGGAAGAGGCAACACCUUCACGACGUAUGGAACUCCAGGAAUUGGGGAGGAAUUUAUUGGCACAGAAGAAAACCCUACAGCAACUGGAAAUGCUGUUUUUGAUGUAUUUCGUAAUUACACCAAACGUAUGUUGUUGUUUUUUUAAUAAAUAGCGUUUUGAUAUGGUAACAGAUUACAGCAAAGUAACGACUACUAAAUAGACAAAUUAGAUUUCGUCCAUGCAUGGUCAGGAAUGCCGAUAAAACUGUGUAAAAAGAUUUUGUUGACGCACACAACCACUUACACAAAAAAAUUAUAUUUAAAUCUUGCACAUGUAUUUGGAAUAUUGUUCAUGAAUAGUUUGAAUUUUUAGAGCAAUUGAGUAAAGAGGAAAAUAAUUCUACUGGCAUGGCAGCAGAAGCAACGACCAUUGUGGGACAAACUGGCACACACGGCACUUCAGAUAACGACGAUCCGUCGUCAAAAACACCUUCCGUAACUAGUCAAGUCCCCAAAGCACCUGAAACCACAAUCUCCUCUUUACCAUUGGUCCCACCUCAACACUGUGUCAGUCCGACUCACCCUCCAUCUUCAUCAUGUAAUCCACUUUCCAUAACUAGUCAAACCGCCAAAGUACCUCAAUCCACAGUUUCGUCUUCACCCUCGGAUCCACCUCAACAUAUCAAUUCUGCAAACCCUCCAUGUUCAUCGUCGUCAAUAUCCACCGUGGUACAAUCCUCCAUAACGACCAAACCUGCAAUUGCUGAAAGCACGCCUGCAC